AUGCUUCGCGAAGCCACGAGGGAAGCGACUUCGAGCCCCAACCUGGGCAUUGAGCUCCAUAAUGCCCCAGUCUUCUUCCACCCUGGCGAUUCCAUUGUUGGGCGAAUAUAUCGACAGACCGCCAUUAUCAGCCCCGAGGCAUCUCUCACCAUCAAUCUGUUUGGCUGUCUCGCUACCCAGAUGUGUGACGCCGAGGCGUCUAAUUCGAUGCCACUUUUCUUGCCUAUUGAUCAAGAAUCAAUCAGUGGGCAUCCUCUUCCGCCAACAUGCCGGAGUAGAUCGACAUAUCUCUCUGCAUCCGUGGACUAUUUUCUCGAGGCCAAGCUUUUCUACGAAAGGAAAGGGGUCAAGGAUGUCGUCCGCUGUCAUUAUCCCCUCCUUCUACGAUUGGCGGAUCUGAGUCCUCCCAUAGCAGACUGUCAGCUGAAGCUUCACGAUUUCAAACGCACUGUUCAUUCCCAGCGCCUCGUUCCGGGCAUGCAUGGUGCUCCAUUGACUCUGGGGCAACAGGUCAAGAAAUUCUUUCACACCUCAUCUGUCCCUCGCUUGGCUCUGCAGAUUGUCAUCGAGAUGCCAAGCGUCAUUCAGCUCAAUCACCCAGAUCCAAUCUCUCUAACCAUCAAAGCCAUUCCCAACUGGUACAAGUCUUCUGGAGUUCUCGAGAACGUGCCACAAACGGCGAGGUUGGUCCGGUUUUGGGCUGUACUGAAAUCAAUCUGCGAAAUCCCGGGUGAAUUUGGUCCUCCCUUCCCGGGGUCUGAGAAAUAUACCUUGAUACACGGUUUUGCAUGCCACUCGGAGCCCCUUGUCGAAAUUCGAUGCUUCGCUGAUGAGGAGCCUAAGGAUAUCGGCAAAGCAAUAGACCUUCGGCUCGUGGACCCGGAGCAUCUUGUGCCCAAUUUUGUCACGUACAAUAUGAAACAUACCCACAAAUUGUCCUAUGAAAUGCGAUGGGUCAUGGAGAAGGAGUGUAUAAAAAUCCAGGACGAGCAGCCUGUCAUGGUUAUGCCGGAAAGCAUAGACAGAGAUAAAUGCUGUCAGCCAGGAUCACCAGGAGAGCUCCCGAGCAACCCAUUUGCGGGGUUAGAGGACGAUAUGGAAUCACCUCCCAGUUUUGAGGAGACUGAAAAGGAGAAGGAGUCGCAAGCCCUUGUCCAGAAUAGAUCCAAAGGAAAGGGCCCUGAAGAAAGCGAGGCAGGGAGUAUGUUUUCAGACAAACACGAAGAGUCGAACGGAACCGGGGGCGCCGGAGGAGUCUAA